AUGUCGGACCGAAACGCAGCCACCCUCGCCACGGCAUUUAACGAUUUGAGGGAACAACUUUUCGAUUUCCAAACUGACCCGGAUCUCAGCCCCCGCAAAGAGGUAGAAGAAGUGCCGACGGAUGAACAGGUGAAGGCUCAAAAAGAAAAAUUGAACAAAAUUGAAAAGAUUCUUCUGCCAUCAUGCCGCCAGCAACUCGUGGAUUUGCUCGAAGCACUUGACCUGCCUCUCAAAGGGACCGAUCCAAACCCGAAGUUCCCUGAAGCGGUGCAGCUCGUCAAGAACUUCGGACCGAGCUUGCGAGAGCUCUAUGCUGGUGUCAAUGCCUUGGCUCCACAUAUCCGCUCCCUAUGUCGAACCUCCAGCACGAUCGAUCAGACUUAUGGAGUUUUGAAAAGAUUCAGAUUGGAAUCUUUGAGGCUCGGUGUCUCCGGUAUCAUCAGCGGCCUCCUCCCUGACCUAUGGGGUGAAUGUUCCCUUCUUUUUUCCAACGGUCAAUACGCCCACAAUGAUCCAGACGCAUCAAUCCGAAGAGAUCAGAUCAUCUCACUCUCCAGCAACGUGUUUGUUGAAAUUGAUGAAGCCCUCGCUAUCCUCCCGCGCUCCGACUUCGGUUUUCUUCAAAUCAAGUGGGAGAGCUUCCACAAUCAACUGGGCGAAUCCCUAGCCAUCUUGACUCAACAAGUCAACGAGUCUACUGAUGACCCAGCGGAAGGGAACGUCAGGUCACGUAUAAUCCAGCUUAUGCAGAUGGCUAUCCCCCUUGUGAAAUUGGCGAGAAUUUUCUUUCGGAAGCUCGCCCGCAAUCCCCCGUUCACCUUCGACGACAAGCUGCCUUCUUCCGAUCUUCAGAAACUCCUACGUUCAUCAAGCUCCAUUGCUUCGAGUGUCAAGGGAAUUGUCGAAGGCUUGCUUGAUGUUCAUCAGGAGCAAUUCGGAAUCGAAGAAGACGUUCCGCCUUGGGCCAAAAGCGCUAAAAGCAGCAUGUCCGGCUUCACGGACGUGCUUCGCACCUAUCUCAAACCUUUGGAUUCUGAUCCCAGCACAUCCCCAGAAGAGAUCAUCAACGACUUGUUCUCUUUGAUGAAGCCACAAUUUUUUCUGGCUUGUGAUAAAAUUUUAGCUGCUUGCGACGAUCUUGUUGCUGAUUUUCCAUUUGCUCAAUAG